CCCGACGACGCACACACUCUCUCCCCACACAACGUGUCGGAUCUCUCUCUCCAAAGUCUGCAGCUUUCUCUCUCUUUGGCAAGAUAGAGGAGAAAAAACAUUGGAAAAAGGGGGAAAUUAAAAAAAAAAAAAGGAAAGAAGGAAAGAAAGAGAGAGAGAGAGAGAAGUCGAAGACAGAAAUGUCGGAAGCAAAAGACCCGGCGAUCAAGCUCUUCGGGAAGACGAUCCCACUGCCGGAGAUUCCGGCCGGAUCCAGAGGCUCGUCGGGAGCUCCAGCUUCUUCUUCUGGGGAUGUUAUUGAUGAUGGUAUUGAUCACAAUCUUGUUUCUCCGACCACCUCAUCGCGAGAGUCCAACACGAAGAGAGACGAAGAAGAGCAAGAGACCGAGAAGGACGCUUCGGGAGAGAAUCCAAAAGAGAAUACGGAGGAUGGAGCCCCCGCUCAAUCUACAAAAGAGGUCGCUAACCCGGAUGCAGCCUCUAGGACAGGUGAAGAAUCUAUCACGCCCCCUACUGAGAAGGACGCUACUACAUUGAAGGCUUCAAAAUCUGAGGAAGAGCAAAGUGAGACAAGUAAUUCACAAGAGAAGACUUUGAAAAAGCCAGACAAAAUACUGCCUUGUCCCCGCUGCAAGAGCAUGGACACCAAGUUCUGCUACUACAACAAUUACAAUGUCAACCAACCUCGCCACUUUUGCAAGAACUGCCAGAGAUACUGGACUGCUGGUGGAACUAUGAGGAAUGUGCCUGUGGGUGCUGGUCGUCGAAAGAACAAGAACUCUUCUCACUAUCGCCAAAUAACUGUUGCUGAAGCACUCCAGACUGGUCGAGCAGACAUGCCAAACGGGGUACAUCAUCCUGCCUUGAAACCCAAUGGCGCAGUCCUUGCUUUUGGGACAGAUACACCUUUGUGUGAGUCAAUGGCAUCUGUUUUGAACCUUGCUGAUAAAACAAUGCAGGAUUGCUCGAGAAAUGGAUUUCAUAGACCUGAAGAACUAAGAAUUCCUGUUCCCUAUGCCAAUGGAGAGAAAGGAGAUGAUCAUUCUAAUAAAUCUCCUGUGAUGUCAACAAAGCCAAUGGAUGAUACAAGCAUCAACAGGCAACAAGAACAAGCAAUGCAGAACUGUCAGAGUUUCCCACUUCAAGUUCCUUACUAUCCUGGGGCACCUUGGCCUUUCCCAUGGAAUCCAGUGCAGUGGAGCUCUCCGGUUCCACCACCUGCGUUUUGCCCUCCAGGAUUUACCAUGCCAUUCUAUCCUGCAGCUGCAUAUUGGGGGUGUACUGUCUCAGGUGCUUGGAACAUACCAUGGCUACCACAACCAUCAUCACCAAACAGCGUGGGCCCUAAUUCUGGACCUAACUCGCCAACGCUGGGUAAACAUUCAAGAGAAGAAAACAUGCUCAAGAUCAAUGACUCUCGGGGAGAGGAUGAACGUGGUAAAGAAAACGGCAAAGAGAAGUGCCUUUGGGUUCCGAAAACUUUGAGGAUUGAUGACCCGGGAGAAGCAGCUAAAAGCUCUAUAUGGACAACGCUGGGGAUUAAGAAUGAUAUGGCUGAGUCAGUUCAAGAGGGAGGGCUCUUCAGGGCAUUCCCAUCAAAGGGUGACGGAAAAGAUCAUUCAACACAAAACUCAACAGUUUUACAGGCCAAUCCAGCGGCAUUGUCUAGGUCACUCAACUUUCAUGAGGCCUCAUAAACAUUUUGCUAAAAUAUUUGUAAUUUUUUUGGGCGCAGCAAACUCCGAUGGCACCUAUAUAUAUGUUCCUAAGGAAGUUACAAAUGCCAGGCAAUAUGUGCUCGCCAGCCUUGUUUGGAAGAGUUAUUUCUCGUGAGCCAGCUGAAGAAGAACCAAGGUUUGGUUCUUCCUGAAUUCGCCUUGAGGAGAAGGAACCUUCUUGUCUUUGCAGAGUUAUUCCUCUUUCUUAAGUGACGGCUUGACUGUUUUACUCUCUUCCUUUUCAAUGAGAUGGUUUGCUUAGAUUAUGUGCAUAAGUUUAUAUGACGUAGUGAUAGAUAGAACCUAGUGAAUUCGUCUACGUAGAUUCGGCAUGUAUAUAAAUAAGAGUGGGAGUUCAAAUUGAACUUCUUGUUCUGUUAUUCUUCCAUAAUGUAAUUCUGUGUUCGGUUGAACUAGGCAGCCUGCCUCCGUUUAUAUUGUACAGACUUGACAGCAGGGAUUUGAGAAAUUCUUGAAUACACUCGAGUUCCCAAGUAUGUGAAAGACAAUGAGUGUAUCUAAGAAUUUUUGAAAGAUUCCAGGCGGAUUGCACGAGAGACCUGUGCUGUAGGACUUGCUUGUAAAUUGUAAUACAAGACAAAAUGGAUUUAGUAUGUUAUUGUCAGC